AGAGGGUCUGCGCUGUUCAGCUGAGCCAUUAAGAGCUGCAAGGAGUGGCAGAGAGCGAACGAGCGAGUGCACGAGUGACGGCUAACCGUGCAUGAGAGCGCUAAGGAGGAAAACAGGCUGAGGAGGGAAUGCAGAGGAGGACAGAGCGAUAGGUGGAGCACCCCCCCCAAAAAAAAAAAAAAAAAAAAAAAAAAAAAAAACAGAGAAGAGAGCAUCUGUUGACUUGCAUCUUCUGAAGACCGAGCCAGACACACACAGUAAUCAUGGCCAACGCGACUACCAUACACCCCAGUAAUCUCCCAUUGGACCCAGAGGCAGUCCCUCUCUCCCAUUUCUCCUUACAGGUCCAGGAGGUCUACCCUUUCCACGAUGGAUGGAAUGUGGCCUGCUUCAUCAUCCUCCUCCUCUUCAUCCUCACUGUCCUGUCUUUGGCCGCCUUGGCCGUGCUCUAUGAGCUACUGGACUGUGGGUGCUGUGCCAAAGGAAAGACACAUCACCAGCUACAGGUGGAAGGGCCAGGAAGCUGCAGCAAGCUAAUGACCAGUAUUUGCAAGGAACCAGAAUCCCACACUGAAAUCGUAUAAAGGCAGCAAGGGGGUGAAGACAAGGACAAGAUGGGUUUGGGUUUCAGUGCUGAACUGUGCACUACACAGCACUGAGACUAUUGCCCUAAAAACAAAACUUAAAAAACUGCCUGAGUAUAAUUAAAUUGCUCAAAGUUAAGAGGAUGCAGAGGAAACAGACACAAUAAGGUAACAUAACAAUAAAAAGGGGAGGAUUUUUCACUAAUAUGGAGUGGGUAGACCUAGUUUUAAUUUUCAGUUACCACUUGACACUCAAGGUAGGCCAUAUUUUCCACCUACUAGACGAAGCACCCUGGUAAUAGUAACAUUGUACUAUUAGGAUUAGCAACAGAGUGGCUUAAAAACAUAAUUUACAAUGAAGACUGUGUUGGUCUGUCUUUCUUUAAAAUGGAGCUUUUGUGCUUCGAGGGAAAAUAACUUUGCAUGUAAAAAAAAAAAAAAACCCACAAAAAACAAAGUCAACCUCAAAAUUUCUAUUACACAGAAAAUAUUGUGAAAUCCCUAAAAAUUCUUUCGUAGAUAAUGUCAGUCUACCCUGUGAGUGCUGCACAUACUUAAUAUCUCUGGGUGAGUUGAGAGACCUGGCAAAAUUUUGUGUACAGAUACAGAUUGAAGGACUUGGUGUUUUUGUUUCCAGAUAAGACCUGAAAACCAACAAUCAAUCCAGUCAAGCUUAUUUCAAUAUUUUUCUCUGCUACUGCUUUGGGUAAAGCCUGUAUUUCUCUGUUCUGUAGUAAAAUGUAUGCAAGUGUUGUCAACAUGUUCAGCAUUGCAACAUUAACUGACAACCUGUGACACUUAGUUGCUGCACAGUGAUGUGAUUUACUAUUUUCAUGUUGAGCACAAUGUAUGGUUUCAUAUGCCUUACCACAAAAUGCCUAAUAAAUGGUCACUCAAUUA